AACCAACCAACCUUUGGUAAAGGUACAUAUGACCCCGGGAAACCCCGUCGUUCUCUUUCCUCUGGCUGGCAGUGUGGAGGCCACUCGAUGCCUGGACGUUAACCAGCAGGAGGUCGUCAGAGCUCUGGCAGCCUUCCUCAAAAAGUCCGGGAAGCUGAAAGUCCCUGCAUGGGUGGACAUAGUCAAGUUGGCCAAACAUAAAGAGCUUACCCCGUAUGGUAACUGGUUCUACACACGAGCUGCUUCCACAGCAAGGCACCUGUACCUCCGUGGUGGUGCGGGGGUGGAUUCCAUGACCAAGAUCUAUGGAGGACGGCAGAGACACGGUGUCAGGCCCAGCCACUUCAGCAGAGGCUCUAAGAGUGUGGCCCGAGGAGUCCUCCUGGAGGGGCUGAAAAUGGUGGAAAAGGACCAAGAUGGGGGUCGCAAGCUAACACCUCAGGCACAGAGAGAUCUGGAUGGGAUGGCUGGACAGGUGGCAGCUGCCAACAAGAAGAAUUAGAACAAAGGAUGCUGAGUUAAUAAAUUGACUCAUUCAUAAUCCUAAAAAAAAAGGCACAUGUGAAAUUUACUCACAGUGUACUUUCCAUAAUUGCCGUUACUUCAGGUGAUUAAUCCUAGGGCUAGAAGAAUAGCUCAGUAGCAAAGUGCUUACUGUACAAGCCUGAGGACCUGAGUUUGGAUUCAAAGCAUCUACUUAAAA